AGGCACCCGUAAAAAUAAUUCCAUCUAGUAAACCGGCAUUUUUAGGUUUCAGUACUACUUUGCCUUUUGAUCUCAGGUGACACUGAGCACAUCUCUGUGCUUGAUCUCUCUUUCCAUUGAUUUAAAUGUGGAUAUAGAAAUAGCUUAUGCAGAAUAUUUCUAGUUAUGUAAGCUACAACUCGUGUAAAUUCAAAGAAAAUUUGUUUAUUACAUUCAGAUUCUUAUAAUAAGUCACAGGAAGCAUCAGAGUAUCGUGCAGUUACAAUAAUUAUCGUACAGUUCCCUCUCCUGCAAGUUGUUACCCGCCCAGCGCCUCAGGGCUAUCAUCACAUGGGUAGGUAGGUAGGUACCUUUCCUACUCUCACCCUCUCUCGUUGCCAGAAAGCAAGUCACCCCCACUUUUCAAGACUAUGCGAUGUUCUGUCAUUCAGCAGUAGGCGGGUAAUCACUUCGGGUCUCAGUGGUGCUGGAUAUCAGUCAUUUCAUGCAGGGUGACGAGGCGUUUGUUUCUCAGCCAGUACUUGAUGUAAUCUUAUAUAAGCCUAUAGUCGAGGUUCAUUCCGUUAUCUGUAGUGCGUUCCAUUACCUGUCGCGAGUACCAAAUGAAAAGGCCAUUGGGAUACUCGGGCUGAAACAAACGUAGUGUUAUUCUCUUACGCUUCGACGAAAGGUAUUUUUCAGAGAGAAUGCAUUUACAAGGAUUUUAAGUCUGUGAUGGAUUUUUUACAGAAUGUCUCUAAACGUAGUCCAUAUAUUCAGCAAGGAAGUAUUUACAAAGGAUGGGAAGCCAUUUAAUUUUGGAUUCCAGCCCGUGCAGCAUAACGACAUGUGCACUACUCUUGCCAUCCACCAAUGACGUUUAAUAUAAAGGUAUUACUAACUAAAAGAGCAAGUAAAUUAAUACAUGAAUAAAACACUGUCCCUGUAAUACUCAAGAUACCAGUAACUUUUCUGAGUAGAGUCUGAUAAACACCUCGAUCCAUUUUUUUUUUUUUUUUCUGUUUUUCUCUAUUUCUUUCUCGUUGUCUGAAACAUGGGUAUCAGGACGCAGAUACCGUGGUCGUGGGAGUCACCGUGACGUUGUGGCGAGGUCUUAUGUACCGUCGGCGCCGCCACUUCCAGCGCCCUGCCUGCCACUUCAGGGUUCAAUGUCCGUCAGCUUCAAGGACCAAGCAACCUACACAUGACCUUAUUAAUAAGACUCCAAAAUCAAAAUCAAUACUGACAAGCAAGUUCUGCCCUUAUCUAUGAGUGGUUACCUGACCACUAUCAGCAUAACUGCAUUUCAAACAAACAGCUACUUCACACGCCCUCUGACUUUGUUGAUUCGUGAAGUGUUGCUCGAGUAAUGACACUCUCAACACAGCCAUGGUGUCCUCCAAGGCUGCAUCAGUCUGUGGAUCACAAUCAUUAGGUGUUCGAUCUCACUCACCGCCAGUUCGGAAACAUUACUGGCAGCUGUUGCGAGAUAAUGAUUAGAUUUACAGUCUAAUUCCUUUGAUUAGUAUGUGGACCCUGCGGUGUAAGUUAGAGAGAGACACCGCUGGUAGCAAAAUGAAUGGUCGAGCAGUUCAAAACUUUUAUUGGCUUUCGUUUCAUUUUUGCCCGUCUAGGGUUACUCAGAUAAGUACCAAGUGUCUUACUGUCAUUAGCAGUUCAAAAAUCAAAAUAGAACGCUUAAUUUUUUUCCAUUGAUUGGCUUCCAUUCAAGGAUCACUCUGCUCCGAUCAGGACGAGGCGUGUGGCGUGUUGUGGCGUCGAGGAGGUGGAUGGGGGGAGGAGCAGGUGCAGGUAGGACGGGAUGCGGGCUCAUCCCAGUCACGUCAUUUACACAUUUUGAAACCUUUCUCAUACUUAAUGUUACUUUCCCUUUGUAUUUUUCAAUUAUAAUAAACAUAAAUGAUGAGAACAUAAUAAACUCCAUCAAAGUCUUAUUGUUAGAUUGUUUUCUCUUUCUCUCUUCAGGUUCUAAGGAACUUUUGUCAUUGGUGAUGGACAUGAAGUUUGGGAUGUGGGAACAGUCGAUCCCCGCCCCUUGGCGAGCCCACAUCAGUGAGCUGAGGCUCCAGCCUCUGAUCCAGUCCUCACCCUCCCGAAGGAAAAGUCAGGCAUCAGCUCCAAGGCGCAAAACGUUAUGCAUUCUUUAAAUCGUGCGUGACAUUUAAGACUGCGAAAAGUACAUCAUCGCUGCACUCCUACCCAGCGUUUACUUUGAAAGAGACAAAAGUGUGGAACUCAAAACAUAACUUAUGAAAGGCUUGUAAGAGUCGAGAUGUCGACGUCCGAAGCGCCCUCUAGUUUACUUCACCAAGAAGCCUUUAACAUCGAACUCCCAGAAGCAACCAGUGAGGAUCUUCAACUAUCGCAUUCCCUAAAGGGUAAGAAUACAGAGCUCAGCAGUGAAUGUCCUCAGCCAUCAGAUCUAAUCAAGGACACCAACUUCCAUGAGUCCUCCGCGGGACCUUCAGUCAUGCUACUUCAACCGCCACAGGCCUUUCUGACAGACGACCUUCAAGAACCUCAGGAACUCUUUCAAAACGUCCUGGACUCACAACCACCACAAGAUUUACUCUUGAGAGAUCUUGAACCGCGGACUCAAGAGCUUCUACUUCACGACAUACAACCCUCACACGGCCAGACCUUCUCAACUCAGCCUCAAGAACAGGCGCAAGGUUUCAUAAACCCUAGCCGAGAGAAGGACGACCUGCGGAAUACCCUCAGCUUCCCAAUCGUCGAUAGUUUCUUAGCGCCACUCACACAGGAUCUGGUGGCCAUCGGAGAGAGUCCUGCAGAGUGUGAUCCCGCUGUCCCAAGUCACCUUUCAACCUCGUUGGAAUAUUCAGACAUGAGCUACGCGCCUGAAGCUCCAACGGCGGUGACGUCAACCACUCCCAAGAUAACACAGAGGCUCAGAGAGAAGAAAAAAAGUAAGAGUGUCUACAAACACGUGCCCCACAGAGAAAAGCCUCAGCAUUUGGUGGCUCGACGCAAUGCGAGGGAGAGGCGACGCGUCCAGUCCGUCAACGUGGCUUUCUCCAGACUGCGCAGAGUCGUUCCGGGAACCAGCGGGCGCAGCAAGAGGGUAAGCAAAGUCAAGACGCUGCAAGGAGCCAUGGACUACAUCUCCCACCUCCAGGCGUUGCUACAAGAGCCUCCUGAUCUCUGCGACAGUAACUUCCCCACCAUGUGCACACCAGUUCCCUACAGCGUCUAUGCUCCCUCUGUCAGGAUCCAAGUGUUUCGAGGCGACGCCAGUUCCCUGCAUGACUCCGCCAGUGUCCCAGAGAGCAAGGAGGAAAUAACAACCACCCGCCGACAGUCACUGGAGUCUGCUAAUAAUUCUUACGGGGGUUCUAGCUGAAAUUGUACUAUAUAAGGAGACCAGAGGAGGCAUGGGAUGAAGCUGCUGCUCGUAUGGCCGCGCCCACCACACUGCUCCCCCUUCCCCUAAUCACUCGUCAGGAUGAAGCAAUGAACUAACACACUUGAAAAACGUUGUGCAAAGCCUCGAAUCGCGAGAUAUAAAACUGAAAUCGUUGCGUCUGUUAUCAAGUCAUCAGUUUACGUCAGUGUCAGACACGAUGAACCAGGACUCUUGAAAAGGCUGUGUGCUUCUGUCCUCAAGAUACAAGAUAAACCACUGUCUGUCAUCAAGACAUCAGUUUGCGUCAGAAUCUCACAAUCACCGAACGAUCAUUUAGCAGUAAGGGUAUUAGUCAUUAGCUCCUUGAGGAAUCUCGUGGUUAGCAUCUUAAACUGUUAGCCAGUACUAGUCAACAUACUAGCUGUGUAGGUUUUGCGUAUUAGAUGAAUGAAGGCGCGAGGCAAGAAGUGUGAUUUUCUGGUCAUGUGUGUAAGAGCGAAUGAUUGAUUGAAUGAGGUUUUGGCGCUGCAAUAACGAGUUUUAUUAUAAUGGCGCAGAGAGAGAGAGAGAGAGAGAGACUCACUCCAUGUCCUCAGCACAUACUGUGUAAAUACAAUGUAAUCUAGUCACCUUAUCUAAGUCAUAAUUGUACCUAAUCACUACCUUCGCUGGUGAUUCUCCCA